AAAAAAAAAAAAAAAAAAAAAAAAAAAAAAAAAAAAAAAAACACCAAGUUGUAUUCGAAUGGAGAACGGCGAGCAAAAGGGGAAGGAGUUCUCAGUGGAAGCCGCGGAUUUGGAAGAACUACCGAAGGUUUUGGAUUCAUCUCUUUCUUGUAUCAAAUGGCGGCUCAAAACUUCAGCUAGACGUCGGCUUGAGAUAGAUGUUCUAGCAUUGUGCACUGGGAUGAGGCCAGUUGUUAUGAUAGACUAUGGUGGAAAGAUGCCUGAGCUGCAAGAACGACUUUGUGCACUUUUGGAACAUAGUCAAAAGGAGUCAGCUAAAUUUAAGCAUCUAAGAGUAAUGAUUAUAGAAGAUAUGAUCUAUUUGAUACAUGUAAGAGGACUUGCUGAGUAUAUUCAGUCAAGCUUGAACUCAGAGACACUGCUGCUUCUUGUGGACCUAGAGCAGGAUCCUCCAAAGAUGAUAACAGAAGCAGAAAAGAGCCCACUAGGAGUACAGCUUUUAUCAAUUCAAAAGUGGUUUUCUAAUUUAUUUCCUCUCGAUCAAAUGAACAAUGGUUCUUCGUCAUGUAAAAGUACAGAAAAUGUUGAAUCCUUGGUCAAUAACCUUACAACAUCUCAAUCUUCUCAGUUCAUUGAUCUCAGUAGCUGCAUGCAUGAUACUCAGGUCACUGUGCCAACUUUAAAUGGAUGGCUUCUUGGUUAUCCAGUAGUGUACGCGUUUGGCAAGGAGCAUAUUGCUGACGCUAUUUAUAAUCUUUCCACCAAGCCUCUUCAUAUCUUUAAAAUAUUGGUUUGCAGGAAUACUGCCUGCAGUAAAGGAUCUCAGAUGCAAGAACUGUUGAGCUUCACCGUACCCUAUGAUCUAAGCAUGGGUGGGAGCAGUGAACAAUGGGCAAAGGCAUAUAUGGCUUAUAUGGAGGUGAAGUGGGAAAAAUGCAAACAAGCUUGGAGGCAUUUAAAAAUGGAGGUUAAUGAAUGCUAUCCACAGGCCAUUGCUUUGUAAGUAUGCUGUAAAUGGUGUGGGAACCAAGGCAAACAGCAGGAAAGAAGAUAAGGUAGAUAGACAGAGGAGAAAAAACCAUAUGGAAGAAAUAAUCUGUACCAAUGAAAACCAAAUUAUGUGUCUUCAACUGACCCUAUUUAUAUGGUGUAAUAAUGAGACCACCGUUGCAACAAACACAACGUUGUGAGAAAUGAAGAGUAGUUGGCUCGUCUUGGGUUUCAUUGACUCGGGGAUUUGGAUUGAAACUAGGGUUAGGCAUACUACUACCACCAGAAAGUACGAGUUGAGAAAACUAGUAGAUGGUUUAGGGGUUUAGGGUUUACUAGAACGUUUUUAUUCAAUGGAAACAUCUGUGGCUGUUGACAGUAUACUGAUAAGACAAUUUGAGAUGAAAAAUACAUAGAUAGAUUGGUGAGUCUCUAAA